GUCAUCAGUCUGUGCCAAGAGUACUUUUGGCCCAGUUCGCUCACGGGAGCGAUUUCUCGCUAGCCGCGGCCAUGAGCGGGGCCAGGGCUGGGGCGGCUCGUUCCCUGUGGCGGCUGCGCCCGGGCGCCCGGUGGCCCCUCUCAGCUCAUGGAGGAAGAAUCAGUGUCAGAUUGUGUAGUUCACGAAUGACCUUAGACAGUAUCAAUCGAGCAACUGUGGAUCGAAUAAUCCGGGUGGAUCAUGCAGGUGAAUAUGGAGCAAACCGCAUCUAUGCCGGGCAGAUGGCCGUCCUGGGUCGGACCAGUGUCGGGCCGGUCAUUCAGAAAAUGUGGGAUCAAGAAAAGGACCAUUUGAAAAAGUUCAGUGACUUGAUGGUCGCGUUCCGGGUCCGGCCGACAAUCCUGAUGCCCUUUUGGAACGUCGCGGGGUUUGCUCUGGGCGCGGGAACUGCCCUUCUUGGGAAGGAGGGCGCCAUGGCCUGCACUGUGGCUGUGGAAGAGUCCAUAGCGCGUCACUAUAACAACCAGAUCAGGACGCUGAUGGAGGAGGAUCCUGAGAAAUACCAGGAGCUGCUUCAGGUGAUAAAGAAAUUUCGGGACGAAGAGCUCGAGCACCAUGACAUAGGCCUCGAGCACGACGCAGAGCUGGCGCCGGCAUAUGCUGCUUUGAAGAGAGUCAUCCAGGCUGGAUGCAGUGCAGCGAUCUAUCUGUCGGAGAGGUUCUAAAGUCUGGCCAGUGACAGUGGCAGAAAAGGAACUGUACAGUUACUCUUACAUGAAUUUUGUUAAUAAACUGAGGGGGUUUUCAUGAAUAGAACUGUCCAUCGUUGGUUUUUCUCUGUGCUGUCUUAAUGCCAUAGGCGGACAAUUUAUCAGGAAUGUCCAAACUGCAGCAAACAAAGUUGUCCUUGUUUGGUCCAGAGUUAAUUUUUCCUGGAACAUGAAGCAUUAAAGUAACAGGAAUCUUGAAGAGAAAAAAAUUUUUUCUGAGUUUACUGGUAAUGAAAGAUCAUUUUAAACCCAAGGGUGUUGACUGACCGAGCAGGACUAUCAGGUGGACCCGGGCCAGGAGCUGUGGAGCAUCUCAUUGUGUCCACUUUGUACUGGAGGGUGGUGUAGUCCCCUCACAAGACAGACGUUGUGGAUUCUUCGCAGCAUUGAAUUAUAAUCUUUUUUUGGGUGUGUUGCCAAAGAAUGAACCAAAACUCACUAUAGUUUUCAUACUUUGUAGAAAUCUUACGUGAUUUACACAGUUUUAAAUGAUUUGUGAGAAUCUGAGACCCGUGGUUCUGCUCUCUGGCUACACACUGGAAUGUGCUGUGGAGCUUUAUAAAAUUGUUCAGAUUGCAGACCCAGGGCUCCCGGGUAUGAGUCAGGCUGGGCACCCCGGCUAGAGUGGAAGCCUUUUGUGAAACCACGUCGUCCAGUUUUUGCCUCUUCCCUGGCCUCACGACCACGCGUGACUAACCAGGGUCCAGUUUUAAAGGACAGGGGUCACGGGGUUAGUGUGGAUUCAUCCUCUCCAACCUCUCUUUCCCUGAACCAAGGGCGAAUUUCAUUUUAUUUAAUCAAGUGAAUCAGCCUUCUGAUCACUGCAAUAAAUUCAAUGUGGGAGAGAAAGGUUAAAGACAGCUUGAGAUUUCAAGCCCUUUUAUGCUGGGUCACGAACAGCAGACUGCAGUACCGCUCAGUUGGCAACCACAGAAAAGGCAAGUUCCAAGGCAGUUAUUGUGUCACAUUCUUUUUAACUGUGCAUUUUAUGUCUUUUUUAUAGACUGUUUAUUGAGGCAAAACACCUUUUCUGUUUUCUGGCACACACUAGGUGCCAUUGAAAGGAGGGGAGAAAAGGAAAAAGAAACAGGAGAGAGCGGAAGAGGCAGAUGUUCCUAAAGCCCUGCAGAAACAUGGGGGGAA